AUGGAAACUGAAAUGCCACUUGAGAUUGGGCUCCGUGUAGACGUAUUGGAUGACGAAGGUAUUUGGAAUACGGGUGUCAUUGUGGACGUGGGUAAAGAGGAAAAUCUGGAUAAGGUCGAGAUCAAAUACGAUGGUUGGGAUGAUGAUUAUAAUCAGUGGAUUGGUGUCAAUAAAGAGCGUCUCGCUCCAUUGCACACGUAUACAAUCGUGAAAAAGUGCUGGGCUAAGCUUCCCAAGUGGCCCUGGUGGCCUGCCUUUGUGAUUCUACGUGCACCUACUACAGCUGUAGCUGCUCAAGGUCUUGAAGAAGAGACGAAACUUCUUGUCGAGUUUUACGAUUCGUUUAAAGAAGCGAAACGAUCACGUUGUUGGAUACAAAAAAAGAAUGUGGCAUCGUUUCGAGAUAAUUUUGAAGAACGGGCGUCCAAGAACAUUGGCAAAAACUUUUCAAUGUUUGUGGAAGGCACGCAACGUGCCAAGGCAGGCACGUCACCAUUGCUGUUUGCGGGUGUCGGAACUCUUCCUAUUGAAUACUCUAGUAAAUUUGCAGAGCCUAUUGAAGAAAAGAAGAAGGAAUGCUCUUUGGAGCAAUGGUUUCACCUUUACAAAGACUUUAGUGGUCGCUAUCAUGAAUUGUAUGGCUACUCGACGACGGCACCGGUGGUGACGGGGAAGAGACGCGGUCGGCCCCCGAAAAAGGAUGGAAAGAAGGCUGGGAAGCAGGCACAAUCUAACGAUGAGGAGGAGAGCGAAGAAAAGAAAGAGGAGCCGGAAGCUGAUGCGUUUAAGGAGAUUAGUGACGGAAAAGAAGAGACAGCUCCAGGACGACAAAUCAGCCGUCGAAACAAGCGCGAUGCAGUGGAAGCGUUGCCCGCCAGCCGCAAUACCCGACCUCGACGCGUUAAAGGUUAA